GGAAGCGUGUUGGUCGUUAGGCUCGUGCGCAGUACGGAAGGGUGCCCGGGCAACCGGAAGCCACGGGAAGAGAGCUAUGGCGGGUAUGAAUGUGAGAGAUCCAGCGGUAGACCGUUCUCUACGUUCGGUGUUCGUGGGAAACAUUCCAUAUGAAGCUACUGAAGAGCAGUUAAAGGACAUCUUUUCUGAGGUUGGACCCGUUGUUAGUUUCAGGUUGGUAUAUGAUAGGGAGACAGGAAAGCCAAAGGGUUAUGGCUUCUGUGAAUACCAAGACCAAGAGACAGCACUUAGUGCCAUGAGAAACCUGAAUGGACGUGAAUUCAGUGGAAGAGCGCUUCGAGUGGAUAAUGCUGCCAGUGAAAAGAACAAAGAAGAACUGAAGAGCCUUGGCACUGGUGCCCCUGUCAUUGAGUCACCUUAUGGAGAGACCAUCAGCCCUGAGGAUGCCCCUGAGUCCAUUAGCAAAGCAGUUGCCAGUCUUCCACCGGAGCAGAUGUUUGAGCUGAUGAAACAGAUGAAGCUUUGUGUCCAGAAUAGUCCCCAGGAAGCACGGAACAUGUUGCUCCAAAACCCUCAACUGGCUUAUGCUUUGCUACAAGCACAGGUAGUGAUGAGAAUUGUGGAUCCAGAGAUCGCCCUGAAAAUUCUGCAUCGACAGACAAAUAUCCCAACACUGAUGGCAGGCAAUCCUCAGCCAGUCCACAGUGCUGGGCCUCCCUCAGGAGCCGGUGUGCCAAUGAACCAGCAGAAUCCUCAGGCUCCUGGGGCCCAGCCUAUGGGUGGCAUGCAUGUCAAUGGUGCACCUCCUUUGAUGCAAGCUUCUAUGCAGGCUGGAGUUCCAGCACCAGGACAAAUACCAACUGCUGUAACAGGACCUGGCCCUGGUGCCUUAGCUCCCGGUGCAUAUGUUGUUCUUUUGAGGACAAGAGAAGAAUUUCUAUGUGGAAAGGGCCAGACAAGGACUUGUGGAGGGAUGCCGGCCCAGGUUGGAAUGCCAGGAAGUGGACCAGUGCCCAUGGAACGAGCACAAGGAACCCUACAGCACUCGCCUGUGGGACCCGCCGGGCCUGCAUCAAUUGAGCGAGUUCAAGUGCCGAUGCAAGAUCCCAGAGCAGCUAUGCAGCGUGGGCCCUUGCCUGCCAACGUCCCAACUCCUCGAGGUCUGUUAGGAGAUGCUCCAAAUGACCCACGUGGGGGCACUUUACUUUCUGUAACUGGAGAGGUAGAGCCUAGAGGUUACCUGGGACCACCUCAUCAGGGUCCACCCAUGCACCAUGUCCCUGGCCAUGACAAUCGUGGCCCGCCCCCACAUGAGAUGAGGGGAGGGCCAUUAGCCGAGCCCAGACCUCUAAUGGCAGAGCCAAGAGGACCCAUGCUAGAUCAGAGAGGUCCACCCUUGGAUGGCAGAGGUGGAAGAGAUCCCCGAGGCAUGGACGCACGAGGGAUGGAGGCACGAGCCAUGGAGGCAAGAGGAUUAGAUGCCAGAGGAUUGGAGGCCCGUGCAAUGGAGGCACGUGCAAUGGAAGCCCGUGCGAUGGAGGCCCGUGCGAUGGAGGCCCGUGCAAUGGAAGUCAGGGGGAUGGAGGUCAGAAGCAUGGAUCCAAGGGGCCCAGUCCCUGGCCCUAGAGGCCCUAUACCUAGUGGAAUCCAGGGUCCCAAUCCAAUUAACAUGGGGGCAGUUGGCCCCCAGGGAUCCAGACAGGUCCCAGUCAUGCAGGGGGCAGGCAUGCAAGGAGCCAGUAUGCAGGGUGGAGGCCAGCCUGGUGGCUUUAGUCCUGGCCAGAACCAAGUCACUCCACAGGACCAUGAGAAGGCUGCUUUGAUCAUGCAGGUUCUUCAACUGACUGCAGACCAGAUCGCCAUGCUGCCUCCCGAACAGAGGCAGAGUAUCCUGAUCUUAAAGGAACAAAUACAGAAGUCCACUGGAGCACCUUGAAAGGUUUUCAAAAAUACCUGGCAACAAAUAUGGAAAAUAAUUCCAUAACUUUGUUGAAAUGUUGCAAAAAGAUGACUUCUACAUCCUAAUCCUUGAAUGACUCAAAUUGGUGCCAGGUGGAGGAUUCCCAUCACCUCUCUCAGAACAAAACUAGAUCAUUCUGUUGUCUUAGUUUAUAUAUUUUCUGUGACUUGAAAUAAACUUUGAACACAGUUUUAGUAUAAUGUAAAUUGAUACACAUGAACUUUUUGCUUUAAAAAGCUGAAUACCAAGGGUGAAACCUUAAUGUAUUUUCUACCCUUACUGCAAUAUUGUACUUCAAUGUUAUAUUGCCAUAGUUCUGUUUUUAUUAAGUUAAUCAUUUAUUCUUCUUUAUUAUAUUUGAGAAUUUCUCAGAAACAAAUUUUUCAGAAACUUAGUUUCUUCUUAGUCUGCUUCCUGUGGUAAUAGUAAGAUUUGACCUUUGAGAACUUGCUAGAACUUCUGAGUCUACAGGAAGAAAAUAACAUGUGCUUAGAGCUAUAAAAUGAUAAAAAGGCCAACAAAACAGAGAGCCUAGCAAAGUAGUGUAUUUAGUUUAUAAAAAUCCAAAUAUCAAAAUGCAUUUUUUGUCAAUAGUAGGUCUAUUCACAUGCAUAGUUCAGAGGUAAGACAAAAAUGUAUUAGCCACUGGUUCUAGUGUGUCAACAACACAAAACUGGACAUUUCCUUCUCCCAAAACCCUUCAGUCUAGGUAGUCAAACUUAAAAGUUUCAAAAUCCACUGAUUUUUCACAUGUUCAAGAUAAAAUAAAAACUGAACAGCAAUCAAAUGCAUAAAAUGUAUUUCAUCCUACCUAAGUCACUAACCUAUAGGCCUACCCUGUAACCAGAUUUAUUCUGGGAAAUUAAAACAGAAAACCUUAAAACUUUUACAUUCCUUUUUAUUUUAAGGGGACCAAAUGUAGAGUGCAAGCAGAUAGAUAUGGUUGUCUCCCCUGCCUGCUUCCUUGCAGAUAGAUAUGAACAUAAUUAGUGCCCUAGCUCUGACUUAUGGCUCUUUCAGCCUACUGUUCCUUCUCUCAUAGUAGCAUUAAGGAGAAACAUGAUUUCUCUCCAUCAGGCCAACCUCAAGAGGUUAUGAGGUGCCUUAAUAAUUAGUAAAGUUCCACUGGAACUACUCGAGCCUAUUUAUAUUCUCAGAAUCCUACCCCCAGAUUAGGAGUAUGGUCAAGUGAAUUAAAGCCUGCAAUAGGCUUAGAGAAUGUAAUAGCAUAUUGCUUAUAUAUCAAGCAAAAGAAUGCAAAGAUAAUCAACUUUAUGAGACAUUGAAAUUGAGAGAUUUUCUACUCUGAUAUAUAAACAUUUACUAUAAGAGUUUGCUGAAUAAGAUACUUCAUAUUACAACCUCAGAAGAAAAACUUGCUCAAAACAGCUUAAGAGAUUUCUAGGUGUCAUGCACAGCCCCAAAUUGGGCUUGGAUGUUGAUUAUAUGUAGGACUUAUUAUUAUCAUUACCUUUUCUGCCUACUUCCAUGAAUAGUCUAGACCAGCAGUCGCCAACGUUUCGGACCUCACGGACCACCGGUGGUCCGCAGGCCACCGGUUGGUGACCGCUGUUAGACCUUGGUAUGUUGAUUUUAGCAGCAGUCAUAUCUUGGAAGUGUCAAUACAAUUUAGACAUUGAGAUCAAGAAUAAAGCCUCUCAUUAGGAACUCAUAAGAUAUUCAAGGAAUACUAAGGUUCCAAACCAAACUCAUUGAGAACCAGAUUAUCAUUUGGUCAGCAGCUAAUAAGAACCAUAUUGUCAAGGUUCCACUGUGCAUGUUUCUAAAGCCUUAUUAAAUUUAGACAGCUGAAAUCCAGGAAGUUGGCAACAGUAAGGGUACCCCAAUCUAUUCCUACAGAAACAUCUGUUAGUACUUUUUACUAAUGUCCAAUUAAUACAUGAAACAUAAUUCACUACCAUAAGAUCUGGACUUACCUUUAUUUUGUUCAGACUAGUGACUGAAAAAUACUCCAAGUUACAAGUUAUACAGGUUUCUGGAUAAUUAGAAACUAUCAUUUAUUCAUUUUUGGUCACUUAAAAAAAGAGAAAGAAAUAGGUGCUAUAAUGCUAAUUCAGUAGAAACAGUCUUUUAAAUCUGAUGAAUUGAAUUGACUUUGGGCACAAUAAAAUGUGAGGUUUUUCCCUCUUUUAAGGGCCCUGGUCUUUCCUUUUACUGAUUCACUGUGACUACUAACAUCCCGGAGCCAGGAGGAUAGAAGAAAUAAAAAAGCAUUUUGACAGGAGAAAAAAGGCAUUUGGCUUAUGUCAUUAUGGGAAUGAUUCCCUAAUGAAUAAGUAUGUCGGAGCAAAAAGAUGUUAUCAAAAUUCUAAAUUAUCUUUUAUUAAAACUAGAGAUUAAUACACCCCCUUAAUAAAAUUGGCGAUAAAGAGCCCUGUUGACUAAAUUGUCCUAAGAUCAAAUUCAAGUUUUUGCAAUUAUUUCCAACAGAGCAAUGCAAGCUAAUGACUAUAGCUGACUCUCAGUUAUACAAUUUCAGUUAUGAUUAGCAUACUUUCAAGAUUUUCUUUCCCAAAUGGAGACCCCAGAUAAAGUAAUAAAAGAUGCAUUCAUUAAGCAAAGAAGAAAAUCCUUUUUUUUGACAAGCAAAAAUAAGUAUAGCAUAAAUGGCUGUUCACACUGGAUAAGACCAUGUUUAAAAAUAACAGUAAGACUGUUCAUAUUGUAUAUAGAAAUGGGGUUCUUGGUAUUUUUAUGUUUUAUUUAUGCUUAUUGUGUUUUGUCAUUAAUUCUUAAAUAAAAUUUUAUUUUA